CGCAUAACCCGUUCCACAGCGCGCCAGGCAGCCUUAGUCGCAUCGAAGGCGCAAGCCAGCAACUCUGCGUCGUCCCCAUUAUCGAGCGUUCAUCUCUCCAAAACCUCCCCCAGCCAAGAAAGAGUGUAUCCGCAACAACGCAACGGCAUCAUCUCCCCCAAGCUCGAAGAUGGCAUCCCAGAGCCUGCCCCCAAACGACGCAAGAAAACCACCCCUUCCACCGAGCCAAAAGACCUCAACGAGCUCCCUCACAACCUAGGCGCGAAGCCCCAAGCCAACAGCGGAGUCAAGCCCGCGAAGCGCAUCUACUCACCCAUCAAGAAGGAGGAAGACCUCAACACACUCGCACAGGACCUGCAAACCACCGUUGACAAAGCCCUUCCACACAGCGCCAGCCCCAGCUCUAGCCCCAAGAACCCCAUGCAAGCGCAAACGAAAGCGAAAGCAAACAACUACGGCCUAACACCAGGCGUGAGCCCGUUCCCAGACUGGCCACACCCGACGCCGGAAGAAUGCGAAGAAGUCGACCGCCUCCUCUCCUCGAUCCACGGCAAGAUCGUGGCGCCGGCCACCAUCCCGGAGCCGUCGCUGACCGUGACGGGCUGCGGCGAGGUGCCGUCCGUGCUGGACGCGCUCAUCCGGACACUGCUCAGCGGCGCCACGACGGGGAGGAACUCGGCCAUAGCGUUCAACGGGCUGGUACAGCGGUUCGGGAUUCUCGAGUCUGGGAUCGGCAAGGGGAGUGUGGACUGGGACGCGGUGCGGCGGGCGCCGGUGAAGGAGGUCUUCGAGGCGAUCAAGAGCGGUGGAUUGGCGGAUGUGAAGAGUAAGAAGAUCAAGGCGAUUCUCGAUAUGGUCUACGCGGAGAAUAGGGCGCGGAGGGAUGUCUUGCUGUCGUCGGCGGCCGGGAAGGAUGAGCAGGAUGCGCUUCUGAACCAGUCCGAGGAUAACAAGAAGUAUGAGAUUGCGUGUGCGGACCAGAAUUUCCUGUCGCUGAAUCAUCUGCAUACGCUCAGUACGGAGCAGGCGAUGGCGGAGCUGGUCAAGUACCCUGGGAUUGGGCCCAAGACGGCCGGCUGUGUGCUGCUGUUCUGUCUACAGCGCCCGUGCUUCGCGGUCGAUACGCAUAUCUUUCGCAUCUGCAAGUGGUUGGGCUGGGUGCCGCCCAGUAAGGUGACUGAGGUGACGGCGUUCGGGCAUCUGGAGGUGCGCAUCCCGGAUCAUUUGAAGUAUUCGCUGCAUCAGCUGCUUAUCCGGCAUGGGAAGGCUUGCCCGCGUUGUCGGGCUAUUACGGGGCAGUCGUCUGCGCGUUGGGAGGAGGGUUGCGUGAUUGACCAUUUGGUGAAGAGGACGGGGAAGCGGAAGGGAGGG